UCUUCCUCUCUCUCUCUCUCUCUCUCUCUCUCUCUCUCUGUCUGUCUCUUCCUACCACGCUUCACGCUGCAUACCUGGUCGUGACGGAGGUUGAUGCCCGCGUGGGUCCGUGGGGAGGCGAAAGGAUGCGUAAAAGCUGCAGUGCGGGCAGGCAGGCUAACACAUAUGGAUUGGAUGAUGGAGAUGUUUACAUGUCUUCAUACAAAAAAAUACAUUCUGCCCGGUCAGAUGUACUUGACUCCUCUCCACUUCAUCACAUCAGCCUUGCUGACUCCACUCAGAGCUUCUAAGAGAUUGAAUGGCAGGUACAGCUUCCUUCAAUAAAGACAGCCAGCAUGCGGAGGCCCGGAGCAUGUGGGAUGUUCUCAAGUGUGGCACCAGUCAUGUUCUGUUUUCUGAUCUCACCAAGGUUCAUGGACGACUUGCAGACAGAACAACUUGAGGUGGAGUUCUUCUCCAACUUCGAGGAGGAUCCUUCUUUGCCAAAUGCACCAACGUGCAUGAUGUCAGUGGAUACCUGGGCCGUGUGCGCCACAACACGCCUGAUGAAAAGGGAAUUCUCUUUGACGAGUUCAGGCCCUCUUAUACCAAUUUCUGGAGGAUUUUAUCGUUGCCAGACGUACACAUUUGCCAACCACUACUCUGGUCAAGGUGACGCUGCUUCAUCUCAUUCAGCCGGGUACCUUUCUUCCCGGCUGCUUUCAAGUCGAGCACUCAAGGUCAACACAGGUGCUGCCUGGAAAACCGUACCGUAGAUGACGAAAGUGGCGGGACUGCAUGCCUGUCGCCGCCGGGCGGGCCGAUGCUAGGAGCGGUGGACACAGAGGAGUAGGUCUGUCAGGAGAUGUCAGAGUGGGGAUGCCGCUGCUUGGAGGCAGUGUUGUAGUUGAGGGUAUAGAAGAGUGUGCCUACCUCUCUAACGCCACAUCCGAACAAGGGAGUCAACUUUUCUGCCCAACCAGCAGUGGCACAUAUAUGGAUGGUGGGGUCGCAGCAUGCCCACCCCCUCAUCAACCACAACACACCAGGCUGGCAGGAGCAGCAGUACGGAAGAGGGCGAGGGGCCCAGGCUUGUCAGCUCUUCCUCUUCUCUUACCUCAUCUGUCCGGUUUGUCCCAGCUUUUCUUCUGGGUGUGGUGGCAGCAGUAGUGUUCCAGCUGGCAUGGGGAGGCCUGUCCCUGACCUCUUUCUUCCUGAAGCUCUUCAUCUACGUGUCCUUCGCCCUACUGUGUUUCCUGGCUGGGAGCUUUGUUCUGCUGGUCCGCAAGAGUCCUCUCAAAGUCAGCUCCUUUGACAGACACAGAAGACGUUCUGUCCAACAGCUGGACUUCUUCAAGAAACUCAUGACACGGUUUGUGGCACCGGCACAAGAAUCACAGAGCCAGAGUCGGAGGGUGGUGAUGUCACACAAUGUGGACAAAGCCCUGAAGGAAGUGUUGGACUAUGCCUACAGAGACUACAUCCUAUCUUGGUACAUUCCUUUGAGUCGUGACGAGGGCCAGUUGUACUCCAUGUUGUCAGAGGACUGGUGGCAGAUGAUCGGGCAGUUGAGAUUCCGACUUGCCGAUAUAGAUCUCGUCAACGUGGUGUGUUAUGACACCAUCCGGAUUUUGCAUCGACACUUCACUGCCCUCAAGGCUGCAUCUGCAAGACCGGACGAGGGAGCUCGGCCGUUUCCCCUGCAUCCCUGUUUGGUCAGUCCAGAGUCAGAGCUGGCCUUCCUGCGCUGUGUAGCCAGAAUACUGCUGCUAUGUCUACUACCACAAAAGGAUGCCAAGUCUCACACACUACGCUGCUGCCUCACAGAAGUCAUCACAACUAAAGUGAUGAAGCCUUUGGUGGAAGUGCUCAGCGACCCCGACUCCAUAAACAGGAUGUUGCUGUCUCAACUGGAGCAGCGGGAGCAGCAGGCUGAGCAGCAGAAGAAAGGCUACACCUACGCUGCCUCUUAUGAAGACUUUAUCAAACUGAUAUCAACCUCCACAGAUGUCAUUUUCCUCAAACAACUCAGGUAUCAGAUAGUGGUAGAAAUUAUUCAUGCCACCACCAUCAGCAGCCUGCCACAGCUCAAGAAACAGAAAGAGCGAAAAGGCAAAGAAUCAGCAGCUAUGAAGGCAGACCUGCUUAGAGCCCGAGACAUGAAACGAUACAUCAAUCAGCUGACUGUUGCUAAGAAACAAUGUGAGAAACGCAUCCGUCUGCUCGGUGGACCAAACUACGAGAACAAUGAAGAUGGAGGAACUGAUGACAGUGAUGAUCCUCAAAGCCAGAGGAUUCUCCUGUUUGAUGACAUCAUGUGCAAUCCAGGUUACAGGGAACAUUUCAGAGACUACAUGGAGAGAGUUGAUAAGAGAGCACUGAUAAGCUUCUGGGAAUUGGUGGAAACCCUGAAAACUGCCAACAAGAAUGAGGUGCCCCAAAUUGUCGGGGAAAUCUACCAGAAGUUCUUUGUAGAGAGCAGAGAGAUUCCGGUGGAGAAGUUCUUGCUAAAGGAGAUCCAACAAAGUUUGGUGGGGAACAGGGGAACCCAAGUUUUUGUGAGACUACAGGACCAGGUGGCUGAGACGAUGAGAGAGCGUUACUAUCCGUCCUUCCUGGUUUCCGAUCUGUAUGAGAGGCUGAUCAGGCGAGAGGAGCAGCACAGCCAAUCACAGUGUAGCACUGAGGAAAAGGAUGAAGGGUGUCAGGGCCUCGAUGCUGGCGAGAAGGCGUGUGACGAGGGCAGCAAAGGAAUCAAUGAACAGGCCAGCUAUGCUGCCACUAAACUCCGCCAGCUGUAUGACAAAUUGGAGUACAAGAGACAGGCCCUGGGCUCGAUUCAGAAUGCACCCAAACCAGAUAAAAGGAUUGUGAGCAAACUCAAGGAAGAAAUCGGAGCCAUGGAAAGAGAAUACAGUGAACUGCAGCAACAUAUCAUCAGGACUGACUGGUGGUGUGAAAACCUGGGCCACUGGAGGGCUACCAUUACUACAGCUGAAGCUGCAGAGGAAGGUGGGGAGACUGUAGCGUGUUACAAUGUGUGUGUGAGCCUCCUGGAGGGUGAGGAAAUGGGUAAAAGUUGCUGGAGUGUUCAAAGGAAACUCACUGAAUUCCAAAUGUUACACCGCAAACUGACCGAGUGCUUUCCAUCUUUGAAGAAACUCCAGUUACCAUCACUCAGCAAACUUCCCUUCAAAUCCAUUGACCAAAAGUUCUUAGACAAGAGCAAAACCCAGCUCAAUAUCUUUCUACAGCGUUUGCUGACAGAUGAGCGACUCUGUCAGUCAGAGGCUCUCUACGCUUUCCUCAGCCCGUCCCCAGAGCAUCUAAAGGUGAUGUCCAUUCAGAAGAAGUCUUCUUUCUCUCUGGCGUCCUUCCUGGAGAAGCUUCCCGGAGAUUUCUUCUCUCAUACGGAGGAGGAGGCAGAUGACGACAGCGACAUGUCAGACUAUGGUGAUGAGACAGAUGGGAAGAGAGAUGCCCUGGCUGAACCCUGCUUCAUGCUCAUUGGGGAGAUCUUUGAACUCAGAGGAAUGUUUAAAUGGGUGAGGAAAACACUUAUUGCACUAGUCCAGGUGACAUUUGGACGAACUAUUAACAAACAGAUCAGGGACACAGUAAACUGGAUCUUUUCUGAACAGAUGUUGGUCUGUUACAUCAACAUCUUCAAGGACACUUUCUGGCCCAACGGGAUUCUCGCGCCACAUGUCAAAGUCCAGACUGACGCUGAACGCACUGAAACCAAGGAACGAGCUCAACAAAAACUACUUGACAACAUUCCAGAUGCAUUGGCAAAUCUAGUCGGCCAGCAGAAUGCCCGCUCUGGAGUCAUCAAGGUUUUCAAUGCCCUGCAGGAAGCUAGUGCCAACAAACAUCUUCUCUAUGUCUUGAUGGAAAUGUUACUCAAAGAGCUGAGUUCUGAACUCAGCGUCGAAGUUGACAACAUGUGAUCAAGAAAGUGCUGCCAGGAUGCUGCGAUGGAAGGAUCCUCAGUCUUGGCAACUUUCAAGCAUUGCCACUUUAUUCAUUCGGGAUUAUUUUCUCUUGCAUCAUGAACAUCAAUUCUUACAGCCUGGAAGCAGGAUGUCAUGAUAAACUUAACAACAAUGCGAUGAAUUCUUGUCCUUUUCCUUCUAGUCUUUGCACAUGAUUUAAAAUGACAACAGUGGCGUUGUUAUGAAGUUUGAAUAGAUUUUUGUUCCGAAUGGUGUGCUCUGUGGGCACAGAAUCAGCUUUUCUGCUGUCAAGCAGUCCUGACUUGUCGACAUAGAUGAAGACGGAGAAGUCAUGUUGAUCUGCUAAAACAUGCUGGACCGGAAAGCGCCACAUUUAUUCCAACAGGCUCACAUUCCCGCAAGAACAAACCUUAUUUUCAUUGAGUCACUUCCUCAUUUAAUUCAUUUCUUCUUUUAUUUGAUUGUUAGUAGCCGUGAAGCAGCAGUUCAGUACCACAACCAGUGGAGGUUUUGAGUGUUUUGUAUGAAUCAUGUUGGUCUAGCGACAGUAACAGGUCAUGAAAGUAAACAAUGUGUUUGUUGAGUCGUCACGUUCAAACGGAUUAUCUGUAGACCUUGAUUAAAUUCAGCAAAGACAAGCAAGGUUCAGAUUGAGUGUUGCCCUUCCCAGGUGACAAAUGUGUGAUACUCGAACCUCAACAUUCCUGCUACACAAAAUCUGAGCAACAAAACUUGUGUUCUGUGAUUCUUGUUAAGGCUUUUAAUUGUGCAAUAUAAUGCCAUGUAAAAGUCAUUGUGAUUAUUUUAUUUAUGAUAAUUAUUGAUAGAUUUUAUUUUUACCAGAAAUUGUUUAGAAUGUUUAUAUAAGCAAUAAA